AUGAGCGAAUCUGCAGUUAGGUCUAGAGAAGAAGACGAAGAGCUCCAACGGAGCACUAAGAAGGUUAAAGAGGACCAUAGGAUGGGAUCCCAUUUCAGAGCUUCCCCUUCCUUUGGUGAAGAGGGCCUUAGGUCAUACAAAGAUAAACUUGUUGGCGAGAUUCCUGGGGCUUUCCAGCAGGCAUUUGUUGUUGAGAGCAACAUGGACACUGAGAUUGAGUCGGAUGAUGAGUCUACAGAGCUCCCGUCAGGUGAGGUAGCUAUGAAACUUUCCGGAGAAAGGAAAGGAAAGAUGCGUGCUCCCUGGGCAAAUGCACUCAUAGUGAAAGUCUUCGGCAAGACCGUGGGAUUCCAUUUUCUCCACUCCAAACUUUUAGGGAUGUGGAAACCGAUAGGCAAGUUGGACGGUGUGGGCUUAGGUAAUGACUUUUUCCUCGUCAAGUUCUCAACUAAAGAAGAUCAUUCUAAGGCUCCUGAGCUCCCUAUUAAGUGUUAUGAGCCAUCAGUGCUAAGGGACAUCGGGAGGGCCAUUGGGCCAGUCUUGAGAAUAGAUGCACAUACGGUUACAGAAUCAAGGGGACGGUUUGUUAGGCUAUGCGUCCAGAUUUGUUUUGACAGACCUUUGAUCAAGAACAUUAAAGUUAGUGGGAUUAAUCAACCAGUACAAUAUGAAGGCUUAACUGCCUUAUGCUUCUCGUGCGGCAAGGUCGGCCAUAAGGCAGAGGGAUGUCCAUACAGAGCUGGGGUGCCGGAGAAAGUUGGUAGAUCAGAAGAGGCAAGAAAAAAGCAAAACUCGCAAGGUCAAAGCUUGUCAAAGGAUAAGGCCUUUGGGCCUUGGAUUCUUGUUGCACGAAAGAAGCAACAGACUCCAAGCAAGGCUAAUGUGGGCCUAGGAAACAAUGAGGGAAAGCAAAUGCAGGUUUUGCAUUUUUCGUAUGAAAAUAGCCCUGAAGCAGACUAUACCAAAGACUUUUCUCCCUUAAACAAGACAAAUAACGAGUCUUCCAAUGCCAAGAGUAGUGGCACUGCCUGA